CUGUAAAGACGAUAAUAAGUCAUGAGUUAAAAAAAAUGUUGGUCAUAUUAGGUAAUUGUAAACAGGAUCACCUAAUAAAGUCAUAACGCAAAAAGUGUUUUAAUACAUAUGACAGAGCUAAUAUGACUUGAAAAUAUUUAUUGUGUGCUUUUUAUUUUUUGGAAAUGGAGGAAUUAAAUGUGAGGCCAGAUAGGCCAGGCACUAAAGUUACCAUAGACCUCCCUAAAACGAGCCCGUUGGAUGAGAAAGUUACCAUUAUCACCAGGGAUGAAUGGGGUGCCGAGGCACCUGUAUGGGAAACGGCACUCCCUUGGUUACCUUCCUUUGUCCGUAUCAUUCACACGGACGCGCCUACAGCUUGUGCGGACCGGGAAUCAUGCAUUCGGGAUCUCAAGGAGCAGCAGAAGAAGGACAAGGAAGACGGGUUUGCUGACAUCAACUUCAAUUUUCUCGUAGGUGAAGGAGGCACUAUAUAUGAGGGUCGAGGCUGGAAGUUGGACCACGAACUGCCAAACGAGUACAUGGAAGUGCAAGGCAAAUGCAUCUCUAUAGCCUACAUGGGGGACUAUAAAUAUGAAUUACCUCCGUGGGAGAAAAUGGUUGGAGCGUUCAAUUUGCUGGUUUACGGAAUUAAUCACAAGCUUGUGAGCCCUUUCAUGGAUUUCCAGCAUUUAGUGUUUGACAAAUCAGCUGGAUAAGAUAUUUUUUGUUUUUUUGUGCGUCAACGAACUUAAAUUACUUGUUUUAUUGAAUUAUGCUUAAGCUUAUCUUCAAUAUGGCUCGGUGGUAAUCAAGAUCAUAUCAAAGUUAAAAGAACUCAUUAGGAUAAGUAUUGUUUGUUCACAAUGCUAUCGUUGUGUUAGACUUAAAGCAGUUUGAUUUUGUGAAAUAGUGUAUUCAUAAUAUUUAAAUGAAGUGCAUAGGCACCACAUGAAGAAUGGUAGACCGAGAUAAGCUCUAUCAUCUCCGUCUCAGGGAGAAGGAGGAGGGAGGCCCUUCCUUAGACAUAGUGACUAGGGAAGAAUGGGGUGCGCAGCCCUGUACGGCACUACGACCACGAGAGACACCCCCUCGUGACGUCAUCAUCCCCAUGGACCACGUGACCUUCACACACACAAGCACAGAGCCCUGCUACGACAGGGAAGAAUGUGCUCAAGUCUUGAGGAGAAUCCAGAACGAUCAACUUGCCACCGUGGAACUGCAUGAUAUGACCUUCAAUUUCAUGAUAGGAGGUGAUGGUGCUGUCUAUGAAGGCAGGGGAUGGUACAAAGAGCCUCAUCGACCGCUGUUGUAUGAAUACUUAGAAAAUAGAGGCAUCGAAGUCGCCUAUAUCGGAGAGUAUGAAGAUGUUCCUCCUCCACCUGAAAUGCUAAGAGCAGCUUUUGAUUUUUUGCUCUACGGAAUGAAGAUAAAGCUUAUAAAACCUACGCACAAAUGUAUUCAUUUAGCAUAA